CUCUGCCACAGCCACUCUCCUGGCGGCCUCAGUACUAGCUGUGGUGCCGCCCUGUGGAGUCCUGUUGCGGCGUCCUCUCCCACCUACACACACACACAAGGCAAAACCCGAAACAAGAUCCAACAAUUAAGCUGUCAUCUCUAUAACGUUCAAAAUACACUGCCAGAUGACAUAUUAGUCUGUAAAAGAAACAUGAAAAAUGUGUGAAAAACAUAUGAGGCCACAACUGUGAUUCUUGUGAUCUUCGCACGAAGGGGUCACUGAUGGAGUGUGUAUCAAGUAUACGGCACGUAAUACCUCCCACAGUAAACUUUACUCUUACACUCAUCUACGACAGGAUCAAAUAAACAAAAUCUUCAAGACGUGAGCUGAAACUAAUGAGAGUGAGAAGACCGUGAAGGGCAGUUGUAAGAUGGUGUGUGGUUGUGUCUCCCUCGUGUGCUGGGUGCUCGUGCUGCUGGCCACCAGCGCCCUCACUCUCCAGCCCCCAGUGGAGGACCUAAGUGUGGCUGAUGAGAGGAGCGAGGAGGUGGUGGUGGUGGUGGUGGUACCUUCAGCCCUGCUGCAGGUGGUAGAGGGCACCAACCACACCCUCACCUGGUACUGUGACCUCCCCUCCGUCACCUCCGUCACCGCCUCCGUCCACGACCAGGUUGUUGGCGCGGUGGUGUCAGUGGGGGAGGUGGUGGCUGGCUCCCGGACUGACAACUUCACCUACACCGGCAACAUCACCGUCUCGGCUCUCUUCAUCGGCUACAACAAGAUCUACGUCACCCUCUACGACGACCUGCAGGUGGUGGUGGGGAGGAGCGUGGUGGACAUGUCGGUGCUGCUCUCCUACCAGCAGCUCACCGACCUCUUCACGCUCAUCAUCGGCAUCCUGGUGUCCAUCGUGUACGUCACCAUGGGCGCCACCCUCGACUUCCAAGUGAUCAAAAGGAUCUUCAAGAGGCCGGUGGGACCCGCUGUGGGCAUCAUCUGCCAGUACGUCUUCAUGCCUCUGAUCGCCUUCGGGGUGAGCUUGGUGGCCUUCCCCGGCAACCCUCUGGGUCAGCUGGGGCUGUUCCUGGCCGGGUGUUGCCCUGGCGGCGGCGCCUCCAAUCUCUGGACCCACCUCUUGGGAGGCUCCCUGGACCUCUCCAUCAUAAUGACUUUUGUCUCCAGCGUCUUCGCCUUUGCCACAGUACCGACGUGGGUGUUCCUGCUGGGGCGCGUCAUCAUGGGUGACUCACACUUCGUCAUACCAUACAAGGACAUCGCUCUCCUCGUCGUCUCCCUCUCUCUGCCCUGCUUCGUCGGCAUCCUCAUCCAGAGGUUCCUCCCCAGAGUGGGGAAGGUCCUGAGCCGCCUGCUGACCCCUCUGGCCGUCUUCAACGUUAUCUUCUUGUUCACCUUCGGCGUCUACGCCAACCGCUACAUUUUCAGCCUCUUCGAUGUCAAGGUGGUGGUGGCGGGGUUGGGGCUGCCGACGCUUGGCUACCUGAGCGGCCUCAUCCUGGCCUCGGCCCUGAGCCUCCCUCUCCAGGACGUCAUCGCCAUCAGCAUAGAGACGGGAAUCCAGAACAUCUCUGUGGCCAUCUUCAUCCUCAAGUUCUCCCUGGAGAAGCCUGCUGGAGACAUUACCGCAGCGUUCCCGGCGGCGGCUGUGGUGAUGACGCCGGUCCCCCUGGUGGUCGCCCUCCUCGUCCGUCGGCUCUAUCUCUGCCGCCGGAGCAACAAGUCCCUCCACCUGCAGCACCUUCACAAAGACACGCCGGAAGGGGGAAGCCAAGCACAGAACCCAACCAACGAGGCGAAGGUCCUCCCGCAGGCCACAGACAAGAACAUCGCUACGUCACCCGAAGGAGGAGUGGACAACCCUGCUGUUGACCUGCGUGUAGAGACUAUGUGACGGGCGAGGCGCCACCUGCUGGAGGAGAGCGAGUGGUGGAGUUCCUGUUUAUCACUGGAUAAACGUGGGAUACAUGAGAGUGAGAGAUUACAUACGGGAUAUACAGGACUACAAAAAAAUGUUUAGUGCUGCCGCGCACCUGUGCUCUCAGCUUCAGCUCCUUUCUAUGAUGGUUCAAAGUACUUAUAUAGAAUUCUUUUCAAUAAAAAAUACACUGCG